AUGGCAAAUUUGAUUCCUGGUGUUCUCCUGAAGCUUUUCCAGGAAAUGACUAUGGAGGAAAAAGAAACAAAUGGUUACAUAAAACCAGUUUUGUUACAAAUAAUCAGCAUAAUACCAGUUUUGCUAGAGGCCGAUCAUCUUUGGCCUGACCAGGGCUUUUUCCUCAAAGUUGCCGACUCUUCACAUGCAAUGUACGUUUCUCUGCCUCAAGAACUAGAUGAAAUGGUUCUUUGUAACAGAUUACAGCUUGGACAAUUCAUAUAUGUUGAGCGACUAGAGGCAGCCUAUCCUGUGCCAAUGCUCAAAGGCAUUAAGCCUGUCCCUGGAAGGCAACCCUGUGUGGGGAACUCAAAGAAUCUUAUUGCCCUGAACAAUUUGGAUAGAUUUUGUGGAGUUUCAGAUCAAAUAAAAAUGGUUGUAGAAGAAUGCAUUGUCCAGAAAAAGAAGACUGAAACGAAAACAAUAAUUCCUUGUCAUGCUGGGAGAAAAAGCUGGAACGGGGAACCAUUUUCAGGACUUGGAGAAGUUUCAGACUUCAUAAUUACAAAGCAUGAGAUCAAGCCAAUUGGUGUUUCCAAACUCCCGCAUAGCUCUGACAAAAAUUCAAGCUCCAGAUCAAGAAGAGAAGACAUUGGUCUUGCCAGAAACCAAGCAAAGGGUUGUAAUCAGAGUAAAAUCUCUCUGUCAAUAAGAAAUAGUGAGGAGUUUUUAGACCCACCAAAGAGAUUUGUUCCAUCUAAAGAUAGGAGAUGGACAGAAGCUGAUAUAAUAUGGGAUUCCCUGCCCUCAAACCUUGUGAAGCUCGGAAAGGAGGUUUUGUGGCAGAGAGAUAUAGCUCUUCUCACUGCUGUAGCUCUUCUCACUGCUGUAGAUAUUCUGCAAGAGGCUUCUGUUGCUGAGAGAUUGCUCAAGUGCCUAAGCACAUACUCAGAGCUUCAGUCAUCAGAAGAGGACAAUGAGCAGCCUGCAUUGGACACAUUUUUCAAUCUUCAAAAGGACUUAACUCAAACCAGACUAAUUUUUCAGUCAUUAACAAAUAUCAGUCCCUUAAGAAAAACUCACAGCUAUCCGAAUGAUCCUGGUACCGUCAGAGAAAUGCGCAAACUCAGAUUCGAUCGGAAAAGGAAUGCCCCUUCAUGGAUGAAAGCCGCUCUGGCAUCCGAUCUUAACCCUUCUUCUUCCCCCACCAAAAGGGUCACCUCAGAAGCUAAUAGUGCAGAAAAAAGAUCUAGUAAAAUAAAGGAUACAUUCAUUGUUAGAAUGCAAAGAAGCAAUACUGAAUUCCAGCCGGAAUUGGCAGCCCAGAAGGACAAUGAAGGGGGGGAAUGGAUGAAGGGAAGUGCAUUGCACACAGCUCAGGACCUGGAAAUGUGCUUGGACGAGGAAUCUACAAGGUGGUUUUUAGCUUAUGUUGAGAAUUAUUUAGAUAAACUUAACAUCAAAUCCGUGUCCAAGCAGUCGGACAGUCAAAUAGUGGAAAUGAUGCGGCGGAUUAAGCGAGUAAGUGACUGGUUAGAUGUGACUGUAAACAAGGAGCGAGAGAAGGAGAGUUCCACACUGAAAGAUUCUGAAUUGGAAGCCGCCCAUGGGAGGGUGAAGAACCAGAUAUAUGAAAUCCUGUUAAAGCUUGUUGAGAGAACUGCAUUGGCUUUGAACAUAUGA